UCCAUGAUCAACCAUUUUCAUUCAAGAAUUAAGUGUAGACAAAAUGAAAAUCUUAUUCAGUUUAUUCUUCAUCGUCAGUGUCGCUUUUGCGGCAACAUCCCCGAUUCAACCAGAAUCUCCUGAAAAUCAAGACACCCAGCUCGUUGCUGUUGUUAGAGAAAAACGAGCACCUGUUUUUCUUGGAAAAGCUGCUUUAGGGUUAGCUGCUGUUGGAGGAUUAGGAUUAGCUGGCGCUGCUGUUGGAAAAGCUGCGUUAGUUGGUGGAGCUUUAGGAGUUGGAGCUUUAGGUGCUGCUAAGCUUUAUCAUUAUGGCGGUUAUGGGCAUGGUUACGGAGGAUAUGGUGGUUAUUACGGCCCAUCUAUCCACCAUCAUUACCCAUCAUCAAUAAGAUAUGUUAAUCAUUAUGAUAGUUAUCCCUCUUAUGAUAACUACUAUGGUGGUCACUACGGACAUGGAAGUAAUUACGGCUACGGUUAUGGAUACGGAUAUGGUUAUGGUCACGGAUGGUAACAUCCAAUAAUGUUUGUCUUCAAAUUAAUUAAGUCAAAAAUUAAAUACAUUUUUAUAUGAUUUUUUUAAUAUUAAACGUUUAAUUACUUUUUUAAUUCAUCUUUUUUAUUUUGAUAAAAGUGCGUGUCAUUGAGGAGUGGGUGAGAUUCUGGGUCGCAUCAAGGUCAAUCGUUAGGUUCAAUGCCAUCACCUUUACACGUAGAAAGUCUACGAGAGUUUAAAUGAGAACGCGAUAAUCGUUUUAUUUACACAUUCUAUUGAAUCAUAAUAGAAAUGUUAUAAUUUAAUAAAUUGAAACGGUUUUAUUUUAAAACUCAGUUUUAUACAUUAAAAAAGAGCUUGGAUAUGCUGAAGAAGACUCUGUUCAUAAGAAGACAAGAUGUGGCCUUUAGAUAAAGCAUUGUUUUAUUAAAUGUCAUAAAACGAUUAAGUUUCAUUACAAAAAUUUUAGACAAGCCUCCUGGUGGAAAUGUUGGGAAAGAUUAGUUUUGUUGAUAAAGGUCGAUGACCUCCACGUGAUGGAAGAUAAAUUGGAUAAAAACUUAAAUCAAACAAUUCCAAUCAAGAAAACUAACACCCACAGACAAAUCGACGAGAGUUGUAAAGUAAUUAAAUCUUUAUAGUCUACCAGCAACCUCACUUUUUGUUUUUUUUUAUUAAUUGUUGAGCCUCAACCGUAAGCAACCUCAAUUUAAUCACACAAAAUUAAAAAUUUGUACCACAAUCACAAUAAACCGGUUGACAUUUAAAAUAUAUCGAUCCGAAUUCAAGAAGUUGUGGAUCAAUAACACCAACGUUUUUGUUGUGAUUAAUUUUAGUUUUAACCAUGGCUUCGGUAUGGGAAGACAAAGAAGUCCGCUUUGAUGUUCCUUUCUCAGAUAUGAAACUCAGAGUCGGUGAAAAAUUGAUUGAUAGAAUGGAUAAUGUGGAAGACACCAAAGGAAAUGCCGGGGAUCGAGGGAGGUUUUUAAUAACGAAUUUAAGACUCGUCUGGCAUUCUUUGAGUAGCCCAAGAAUUAAUUUGUCAAUUGGUUUUAAUACAAUUUUAACUAUAAAUUCGAAAAUAAUUAAUUCUAAAACUCAGUAUCCAACGCGAGCUUUACACAUGAUGACCGCUUGUGAUAAAGCAAGAUUUGAAUUUAUUUUCACGAAUUUGGUCAUAACUGACAAAAAACAUUUCCAAACUGUCAUCGACGUCCAUCGAGCUUAUAUUUCUUCGAAACCUUAUCGGGAAUUAAAACUUCGCGGUGCCAUUGUGCGUGAGAAUCGAUUAAAAAUUUUACCGUUAGAACAAAUCUUCGAAACGUUUUAUGGCGUUUGGAAUUUAUCGACCGAUCAAGGUAGUUUGGGAACUUUCAUCAUCACCAAUGUUCGAUUGGUUUGGUUUGCUGAUACAAACGAAGGAUUUAACGUCUCUUUGCCAUAUCUUCAAACGGAAUCUGUCAAAAUGUGUGAUUCAAAGUUUGGCCCCGCAUUAGUAGUAAUAAGUUCCGAAGAAAGUGGGAGUUUUAUUUUGGGGUUUAAGCUAGAUCCGGAAGAAAAAAUGCGCGAAGUUUUUCAAAAAUUAACUUCAGUUUAUUCCGUUUAUUUUAACAACCCUAUUUUUGGGGUUGAGUACGAGUGGGAUCAGAAAAAGAAUGGAAAUAACUCCAAUGAAUUAACCCAAAACUAUUUAAUCGACGAUUUAUACGUUUUGGACGAUAAAGCCGAAAAUGUAAAUGAACUUUCUGCUUAUUUGGCAGAAGAAAACAAGGAUGUGGGUUCUGGACCGGUUUUUAAUAGCCAGUUAGGAUUGGCUGUUCAAAGUGUUAAAGAAGGUUAUAGUUUAGCAAAUUUAUGGGAAGUUGUUUCAACAUAAUGUUAAUACAUAAAGAAAUAAAUUUUUUUAAUUACGUAAU